CUUUGUUUAUAUGUAUUUCUGCGCGAUGUCAGGCGGUGAUGAAAAAACUGGGCCAGACCCCAACCGCCAUGCAGCGAUCCGGACCAAGAUCUGCCAUGCAGUGGGGGGUUUCUACCGGAUUCCCAAGCCACUGGCCCAUUAGGCAUCCCGGCUUCGUCGCCGCGCUGCCCUUUUUCUUUCCGCAUGACUCCAACACGACCCCUCGAUCCUCGCGAGGUUUCACCAGCUAGUAGAAAAUUCUGUCCAUUAACCAUCUUCCGGUAUUUGUUGCUUUUAUUUUCAUUAUUAUCUUUUUAUUCUUUUGUGUUCUCACUGGCAUUAGCAUUUCUAAGGAGUAUCUGGAUGUGUCCUCUAUCUACCCCUUGCCCUCGUGUGCUUGUGAAUGAGAACAAGUCGUACCCAAAUAAUGUUGGCAUCAGAACUAGGAAAGAUGUCGUACCUCCAAUAAUCGCUAAUUCUAUAAUAGUAGUUGCAGUAAUAUUGUCAAAAACUCAAUUCAACAAUACUGUUAAGUCUGUUGGUAGAGUGAGUAGUAGCAAAGUAUUGAUCAUGCACGCCACCGAGUCAUCCGUUAUGUCGAUGUUUAUCAUCAGAAACAUUUCAUCCAAUAUUUAUCACGACCUCUUCUUGUCAAGAAAAAGUAAAAAUAUACAUCGAGUGCUUCAAUUUUGAAUAUCCUGCAUGCGUGCCAAAUGCCAGCAUCCAUUUUAUGGCAAGCUAACCGCUACAGCCUGCAUGUACUCGGUUACUGGUACUUGCCUCCUGUAGAUUAUGUGCAAAUGUGCCUCAUAGUCUAAGCACUGUACUCUGUAGCACAAGAGGGAUCGAGCGCACUAAGGAGCACGGUGUGGUCUACUAUAUUGAUCAGUAUAAUUUUAUAUGACUAAAUAGCUG